AUGGGAAACAAAACUGAUAUGUCAGAGUUCAUUUUCUUGGGAUUGUCCAAUGAUCCUCAACUGCAGAUCUUCUUCUUCUUGGUGUUUUUCGCAAUUUAUCUAAUAACAUUGUCAGGAAACAUCACAAUCAUUUUGGUGAUUAGAAUGGAUCCUUCUCUUUACACACCCAUGUAUUAUUUUCUGUCACAUUUGUCCUUUGUGGACAUCUGUUAUUCUAGCGACAUUGCCCCUAAGUUGUUAAUGAAUUUGCUCAUGAAGCAGAAAACGAUUUCCUUCACUGGCUGCCUCACACAGAUGUUUUCCAGUCUUCUCUUGAGUGUCACAGAGGUUUUUAUUCUUUCAGCAAUGGCUUAUGAUAGGUACGUUGCUGUGUGUCACCCACUUCACUAUGUAGUGACAAUGAACAAAGCAUUAUGUAGUUACUUGGUGAUGGGUGCAUGGAUAAUGGGCUUCUUUUUUGCAAUAAUAAACACAGUGCCUACAUUCAAUUUACAGUUUUGUGCCCUUCAUGAAAUCAACCACUUCAGCUGUGAACUCCCACCACUACUGAAAUCUUCCUGUUCUGACACCUUCCUCAACAAUAUCAUUCUUUUUUCUUCUGUUAUGAUUUUUGGACUUGGCUCAUUCAUACCAACCCUGGUCUCCUACAUUCACAUCAUCUCCACUAUUUUGAUGAUCCGCUCUGCAGAAGGCAGAAGAAAAGCCUUUUCUACCUGCAGCUCCCACCUUAUUGUUGUUGGUUUACUAUAUAUGACAGGAAUGUCCCAGUACAUGAAACCCAGCAGUAUUUCGUCCAUGACACUGGAUGAAAUUUUCUCCAUUCAGUAUAGCAUUUUGACUCCCAUGUUGAAUCCAAUAAUCUACAGUCUGAAAAACAAGGAAGUGAAGAGAGCCCUUGGGAAAAUAUUCAGGAAAAAAUAA